UCCACAGAAAUGGAUGCGCGCGUCGCGAGGGAGGCGGGCCACGAGGUCUUCGCCUGCGCCGUGCCGCCCACCGAGCAGCUCGACGGCAAGUUUUUGGGCGCGCGCCUCACGGACGGCGAUCAUAAUAAAGCGAUAAGCGUGACGGCGUCGACGUGGCCCUGGCGCCAGCGCUCUAAGAAAUACGGCGUGGCGGUGACGUUCAUGGGCAAGGACGUCGCCUGCGGCCUUAAUAAAGGAUUCGAGGCGCACUGCUUCCGGGACUGGCUCGAGUGGCACCGCCUGCUCGGCGCGGACCACUUUCUGGCGUACGACAACGGGUCGCGCGGGGACCACGCGUGGCUCCGGGUCGCGCGGCACUACGCGCGGCGCGGGCUGCUCACGCUCGUCGACUGGCCCUACCAGCUCGGCGGCGAGGGCACGACGGGCAACAACGUCGCGCAGCGCGCGCAGCUCUCGCACGCGGCCUUCGCGUUCUCGCCGCGCGUGGCCUGGCUCGGGACCUUUGACGUCGACGAGUUCUUCGCGCAAGCCGGUGUGGAAACCAUGGAUCGAUCUGAGGCGGUCGCGCAGGUCCCGGUGCCGCUCGGCAAAGCACCACAACUCAACGCGUCGAUCAAAAAGCUCCUCGACGGCGUCGACGCGCCGGCGUUCCCCGACGAGGCGUAUUCCGUCGUCGCCCCGAUGCGCGACGCCCAGGCGCCGGACACGUGUCUUACAUCAAACGGCGCGACGACGCGCCUCGCGGCCUGCUUUUACCUGUGUUGAAAUCAAAAUUUUACGGCGCGUUCAAGAAUUGUCGUGCACCCGACGCACUGGUUGGUUUCCACACAGGCUCGUACUACCACGCGACGGACGAGCGGGGCCACCCCAAGGCCUUUCGCCGCGGCGGCCGCGCGCACCCCAUCUUCAGCCCCCACCGCGCCAAGGUCCUGCACGGGCCGGCGCGGGGCGCGACCCUCUGUGUGGAAAUCAACCAGUCCGUCGGGUGCACGACAAUUCUUCACUAAGUCAUUUCUCGGCGAUGACGCGGCCGUCCUGGCUCCGUCGAGCGGUGAGGAACCGGCAUCGCCACGCCAUCGAGCAGGCGUCGCGUCGAUGGCGUGGAGGUCGACACGGUGAUUCAGACGAACGCACCGUAAAAUUUUGAUUUCCACACAGGCGACCCUGGACGACGCGGCACACUUCGUGCACUACACGGGCCGCUACGGCUGCGGCGCGGCCGAAUCCGCGGGCUGCGUCUUGUACGAGGCGCUCCGGGCGUCGCCGGCCGUCGCGCGGCUCGAAGCGGUACUAGCGACGCUCCCGCCGCUCCCGAUCCCGGCCCAGGCGCCCGUGUCGCCGGUGACGCCACGGCCGACGCUCGCGAAGAAUUCGGGCCCCUGGGCGCCGGACGAGGUAAAACGCUUCGACGCCGCGUUCAAGCGCUUCUAUAACGACGGCCUCCCCGAUUGGUCGGGCCGCGCUGCGGCCUACGUGGGGACGCGGGACAAGUACCAGGUCCAGACGUUCAAGCGCGCCCGCGUAAAACAAAAAGACCCUUACUACACUAGUACCCGACCCACGCGUGGUCGCAGCCGAGGUCGCGGAGCUCGACGGCGUCGAGCCACGCGCACUGGCAGCAGUAGGCCGCGUGGCCGUCGGCGGCCUCGGCCUCCUCCAGCAAUCGCGCUGGAUCGGGGUGGUAGUUCCGGAAGUGCAGGUACGCGGCGGUCGGCCGCCACCGGUAGCCCGGGAAGCGCGACACGUCGUGCGCGCACUUCGUGCAGCGCAGCCGCGCGGACACGACGCCGCGCAUCUUCGACGGCGCGGCGCCGGCCGCGAAGCGCGCGCCGCCGACGAGCGCCGUCUUCCGCCUGCCCGGCUGCGGCGGCGGCGGCGCCCGGUCCUGGGCGAGGCGCGCGAAGAGCGACGACGCGCCGCCGCUCUUCUUUGAUGGCGGGACCUUCGGCGGCGGCGGGUCGUCGCGGACCUUCGGCGACGGGCGGGGCGCCGCGUCCGCGCGCAUGACCUUCGGUGACGGGAGGAGCGCCGCCGCGCGCGUGACCGACGGCAGCGCGAGCGCCGGCGCGCGCACGGGCGACGGCGUCGCGGGCAGGCCGCCCGCGAAGGUCUGCUGCAUCGGCACGCCGAAGGCGUCGAAGGCCGGCACGUAGGACUCGAUGGACGCCUCCGCCGGCGAGCCGCCCCGCAGCACGCCCGGCGAGGCCGCCGCGGGCGUCAACGCGCAGGCGUCGAAGGACGCGGGCCGCCGCGCCGCGCUCUUCGAGGGCGCCGCCGCGGCGGGCUUCUGCGGCGUCCGCGCGGCGGGGCUGCACGUCCGCGGCGUCGCGAUGCGCAGCGCGCGCGUCGGGCUCGCCACGGGGCUGUUCGACGCGUCGCGGAGCGGCGCCUCGCGCGGCACGAAGCGGCUCCGGCGCACGGCCAGGUACGUCCGGAAGUUGUCGGGCCGCGGCGCCGUCGGCGUCUUGGGCUGCUUGUCGUCGGUGAAGCGCGCCAUGGCGGGGCAGCCCGCUAUCGCACGCGCGGCGGUUUUACGCGGGAGUGCCGGGCUGCGCGAGGUAAGGGGGGCGCAGAGAAGACGUCCACGCCGUUACGGGUGGUGCUGCGCGGCGCCGGUCGCGUUCCCAGAGGCCAACAAUUAUGCGCUGCACGCUCGACGGCGCGCUGAAGAUUCCCGGCCGACGG